AUGAACACCAAGUUGGGUGCAAUCCAUGUUCCACCAGCAUCUCUCUUUGUCAUUCCCAUCACGAGGUGCCCAACUGGCAUACCUCACUUGCAACGGGUAGGUGUCGGUUAUGUAGCUACAAUAUCAGCGACUGUUAUAGGGGCCGUGAUUGAGAGGAAAAGGAAAGGUGUGGCAGAGGCUCAUGGAUUACCUGAUUCAGGCAACCAAGUCCCCAUGUCUGUUAUGUGGUCGGGUCUCCAGUUCUUUGUUCUGGGCAUCAAUGAUGUGACCACAUUCGUUGGGCUGCUCGAGUUUUUCAAUACUGAAGUCUCAAGAGGGAUGAAAUCCUUGGGGACUGCUAUAUUUUUCUGCAAUAUCGGGUUGGCUUCUUUCAUUUCAUCUAUUGUUGUCAAUGUAGUCAACAAAGUUACAAGACAUGGAGGGAUUGGUUGGUUAGAGGGAAGUAACAUUAACAGGGACUACAUCGACCGGUUCUAUUGGCUACUUUCUGUUCUUGGAUCUUGGGUUUCCUGA